ACUGUAGGUAGUUGAGCAUAAAUCAACCAUGUCCAAUGCUAUGAAUGGAAAAUCUGCCCCAUCUAUUUUCAAGGCAUUGAGUAUAGAGACAGUAGAGAAGAGAAGAAAACAGAAAUUAGGUUGUCUAACGUUGGAGGGCCGGCAACACUUGUCCUUCCGCCUUUUACGGAGAAAGACAGAGAAGAAAUGGAUUGCUUGCAUAUCAAAAGGUCAAACACCGCCUUUUCUCUUUCUGCUAUUUAACUCCAUCCCAGCCCAAACCCAACUCCCCUUCCUCUACUCUGUCUGCUUUUGUUUAGCUUUUCUCUACUAAACUAAUAAUUUUCUGUCUUUCUCUCUCUCUUUCUCUCUAUUCAAUACAAAUGCAAUCAUAUUGAACCCACAAUUCAUUCCAACCGCACAUCAAUCACCUUCUUUUUUUGCUCUGCCUCUUGUUCAUUAAGCAAUAUUUAACAAUCCCGUAAUACAUUUGUGUGUGUUAAAACUCUUUCAACCACUGUCUUUUAUUAGUAAGUUAAUUGCAGUAACAGUUCUUCAUGGAAAAUGAGUUUUUCCUAAAUGCAGGAAUUCCUGCACCUGCAAUGCACUUUGAACCAACACCCACAUCAACCAUGCCCACCUGGCACUCUCUCUCUUCUGCCAUGGAAAUUCAAGCAACAGACCUCAAUUGCUCCUCUGAGCAGUCUUCUGAGUGCUUUUUCAAUCCCAAUUGGGAAAAGUCAACCGAUCAUAGUCUGCACUUUGACUCUGCUCUGAGUUCCAUAGUGUCUUCACCGGCAGCUUCCAAUUCAAACAUCUCUAAUGAGAGCUUUAUGAUCAGAGAAUUGAUAGGCAAGUUGGGCAACAUUGGAAAUUCUGGCGAGAUCUCACCACAUUCUUUACCUCCUUAUGUUAAUAAUGGUAACAACAGCACAAACACUUCGUGUUAUACUACUCCUCUGAAUUCUCCUCCCAAGUUAGUUUUACCGAUGAUGGAUCAUUUGGUUAAAGACAAGUUACCCGGUUUGGGAAACUCAAUGGCUUUGAAUUCCACUGUGGCGGAAUUCUCUGCUGAUCCUGGAUUUGCAGAGAGGGCUGCAAGGUUUUCUCGCUUUAGCAGCAGAAGUUUCAAUGGUAGAACCCAUCAUUUUGGACCCAGCAAUCCUGAGAUUGGUUUUAGAUCUAAUUCAUUGAUGGCAAAUGAGAGGCUGUCGCGUGUUUCAAGUACUCCAUCUCUCAAGGUCCUUGGAUCUCAAAUUAAUGGCGUUCAGGGAAAUAAAAGUUCGCCUUUCCAGGAUAGAUCUGAAUUGGCCAAUUCUCAAGAGGAAUCCUCAGUUUCUCAACAACUUCCGAAUGGUGAGGUUGGUGUAAAGUCUACAAAUGACUUCAAUUCCAGGAAAAGAAAAGCUGCUUCUAGGGGAAAAGGAAAGGAACCUGCACCAUCCCCAUCAACAAACACCGCUACAAAGGUUACUGAAGGUAAUGACAAAAACAAUUCCAAGAGAAGCAAACCCAACGAAGAAAAUGGCAAUGAGAAUAGCAGUGUUAAAGCAGAGGACGAAGCAAAAGAAGAUGUCAAAAAUUCAGGGGAUGAGAAACAAAGCAAAGCUAAUACGAAGCCCCCGGAGCCUCCCAAGGACUACAUUCAUGUUCGAGCAAGAAGGGGCCAAGCCACUGACAGUCACAGUCUAGCUGAAAGAGUCCGAAGAGAGAAGAUUAGCGAACGAAUGAAGCUUCUCCAAGAUCUUGUACCAGGAUGCAAUAAGGUAACCGGGAAAGCCUUGAUGCUUGAUGAAAUUAUUAACUAUGUGCAGUCACUGCAACGUCAAGUAGAGUUUCUAUCCAUGAAGUUGGCUUCUGUUAACACCAGGCUGGAUUUUAAUGUGGAUGCUUUAAUGUCAAAGGAUAUAUAUCAACCAAACAAACCUUUGCCACAUCCAAUAUUCCCAUUAGAUUCCUCGGCGCCAGGCUUUUUAGGGCACCAGCCCCAGCAAAAUGCAACUUUACAUUGCAAUAUUUCUAAUGGGACAAUGACCCAAUGCCCAGUAGAUCCAUUGGAUACUACCGCACUAUGCCGAAACCUUAAUAUGCAAGUAACUCAGCUUGACCAUUUUCCAGAAUCUGUCCCUCAGUUUCCAAGUUUCUGUGAGGGUGAUCUUCAAAGCAUUGUUCAGAUGGGUUUAGGUCAGAAUCUGAACAGUGAAACACGGUUACAGUCACAGGGCUUUCAUGGCUCAAAUCAAGUAACCCAGAUGAAACUUGAGCUGUAGUCAUCAAUCAUCAUUCAUUCUUUGGUCCUAAAUUCAAGGUCCAGAAGAAGACAAAGGCUGCUGUAUAUACACAAUAUGUAAUUUGGACCAGCACAAGAACUGAGUAAUUUUUUUUUUUUCUGGUCUUUGUUUUAUCUUACUUAUAGCUUCUCUCAAUGAUUUGGUAAUUCUUUUUUUUGUGGAUUUUUUACGAAGUAUCCACUGUAAAAUUCUAAAACUGCUACUGUAUCUUAUGCAAAGUCGUAUAGCAGCAGCUCUACAUGUAAGAUAUACUUAAUUCUAAUUAGACUGACAGAGGUUUCACUA